GUUCCAGAAUUGAAGAAAAACAAAAUUUGACAUGGUUGUUUGAGGUCGAUGUUGGAUUUAAUUAUCUUGUGAGGCUCCAUUUUUGCGAGUCAGAUUCCAUAAUCAACAACACUGGCCAAAGACUUUUCGACAUUAGUAUCAACAAUCAAAUGGGUGCACAUGAUAUUGAUGUUUUUGCGCUAACUGAUGGCAAUUUCAUUCCAAUGUAUCGAGAUUUCGUUACGCUCUUUGAUGGUAGUGGUACCAACAAAGCUAGUGUCGAAACCAGAGGUCUUCUUUCAGUGACACUUACUCCAGACCCUACCAGUGUGUAUGACGAUGUCAUUCUCAAUGGAUUGGAGAUUUUCAAGUUGAGUUCUUCAAAUGGUUCUCUUGCUGCACCAAAUCCUACUCUUGCUGCACCAAAUCCUACUUUCCCUUUACAAAGACGUGAACAUGGUCUAACCAAAAUCAUGAUCAUCGUCAUCAUACUUGGAAUUGGAAUAGGCAUAUGCAUUUUAAUUGCACUAAUCCUCUUGUACAAAAAAAUGAACUCGCUGAUCGAGAAAAGUAAAGAAAUUGAAACAUUGUUGAAACAACAUGGAUCCCUCGGUCCAAAGAGACAUACUUAUGCAGAUUUGAAGAGAAUUACAAACUCCUUCAAAAUCAAGCUAGGUGAAGGAGGUUACGGUGUUGUAUACAAAGGAAAACUACAUUGUGGGGAUCAAGUGGCAGUGAAAAUUCUCAAGAGAUCAUCGAAUCGAGAUAUGGAUAUGGUGGAAUUCAUCAAUGAAGUUGCAAGUAUCGGAAACACCAAUCAUAAAAACAUUGUGAAACUCCUAGGCUUUUGUUACGAGGGUUCAAAACGCGCUCUUAUAUAUGACUACAUGCCUUGCGGAUCUCUUGAAAAGUUCACACAUGGGGGCAGAGACGAAAAUAAUCAACAACUCUCAUGGAAAAGUUUAUUUGAAAUCGCGAUUGGGAUUGCAAGAGGGCUAGAGUACUUGCACCAAGGGUGCAACAGGAGGAUAUUACACUUUGACAUUAAGCCCCAAAACAUUCUAUUAGACGAGAAUUAUUGCCCCAAGAUAUCUGAUUUUGGCCUGGCUAAGAUAUGCCCACAAAAGGACAGCAUAAUAUCAAUGUCAGAAGCCAGAGGAACUGCAGGGUACAUUGCUCCUGAGGUUUUCUUCAAGAGAUUUGGAGGAGUUUCUUAUAAAUCAGAUGUUUAUAGUUACGGAAUGUUGGUUUUAGAAAUGGUUGGGUGUCGAAAAAAUAUUGAUGCGAAAGUGGAACAUAGUAGUGAGCAGUAUUUUCCGCAUUGGAUUUACAAGCAACUCGAGGAAGUUGAAGAGAUCGAUCAAAUCGACACCACAAACAACAAUGAGGGAUCAGUACUCAAAAGGAAGAUGGUUGUAGUAAGUUUAUGGUGCAUACAAACCAACCCCUUGACCCGACCAAAUAUGACUCGAGUUGUAGAAAUGCUCGAAGGAACACUCGACUUGCUGCAGAUUCCUCCGAUUCCAUCUCUUGCUUCUCCUUUGAGAUCACACGAAAUUUCUACCUCUCUAGACGAAAUCUCAUUAGGUGGACUUUUUUUAUCCUCCAUUUGAUGUUCUAGUUAGACAAUGUAGCCAUUAUAGUGAGCAUUUUAGCUUUGUGUAAAUGAUUGUCUCCAAUAAGAUCAACAUAAUUUGCUAGUUAA